AUGACUGGUAGACACACCGGAGUUGCCACCCGCAUUGUCGCGUGCGCCGAGAACAAGGUACUGCGUAUCUGGUGUGCACCGCAUCAAAUUGACAUUGUUGUCAAAUCCUCGGCCAAGGGCAUUGAGGAUGGCCAUUGGAUCAAGUUCGUGAACGCAUUCUCGGUAAUCCUGCGCAGUCAGGACAACCUGAUCAUCAGUAUGAACGUAACGUGCCCUAUGAAGACGAAUCGUUGGGUCCACCUCGGGCGGUUGCUCACAGCUUGCUUCAAACCGUAG